CUUCCGGUUCUCGAAUCAACAAGGAAGUGCAACCGAUUGAUGAGAAACGACGUAACGUCUUCUCCUGUUCCUCACCGUAAACCCGUCAGAUUUCACCGGUUCUUCCCCUCAGGACGGUCCCCGGUAACUCACCUGUCGUCAUGGCGAUGUCCAUGUUCCAGAAGGUGACCCUCGCGACGUGUCUCGUGCUGUGCGUCGCGCUGCUGAUGCCCAAAAUUCUGCUGUCCCGCGGGAGGAAGGAUGGUGCGGAUCGGCCGGACGGUGCGGGUAACUUUCCUCCUAAGGCAAACCGUCAGGCGGCCCCUGAGGGUCGGGGUCAGAAGUCGGCCUCCAGCUUCUCCAGAGCUCAGAACACCGAGGCCAACGCCCGGGCCAAAGGAGCAGGAACCGGGGCCGGGACGGGGGGGAAGUCCAACCUGGCCGGACAGAUCAUCCCCGUGUACGGCUUCGGGAUCUUACUCUACAUCCUCUACAUCCUGUUUAAGAUCACAUCUAAGGGCAACAACAACAACAACAAGCCUCCAGAGAGCCGGUUCCCUUCAGUUCGCUCAGAGAACAUAAAGAGGAAGAUCUCCGACUUUGAGUUGUCGCAGCUGCAGGACAAACUGAGAGAGACGGAGAUGGUGAUGGAGAACAUCGUCUCCAUCGCCAACCACAGCUCUGACAGGGUGGCGGGGGUGACGGCGGACCAGGAGGAGAGUCUCCUGCAGCAGCUGACGGAGAUCACUCGGGUGAUGCAGGAGGGCCAGCUGGUGGAGGAGAUGACACCAGAGAAGAAGAACCAGGAGGACUGGGAAGAUUACCCCGAGGAGCCUCAGCAGCAGUGGGAACAUCCCUCACACUGCUCCUGUCAGCAGCACCAGACCGAGGAGGAGGCGGAGAGGACUCAAGCUGAUGGAGCCGACGUGGAAAACCUUCCUGAGGACGUUACAAACGAAGCAGAGGAUCCGAACGCAGAGAGAGAAUCUGAUCCAGCAGCAGUGAGAGGAGAGGAGGCGGAGCUACAGAGGGAGGAGGUGCCUGAACACAAGCAGGGAGCGGGGGGGAUCGACCUGGGCGUCCCAGAGGAGGAGCUGGGCGGAGUCCUGGAGGAGCUGGAGCUCACCCUGAAGGUGACCACGCUGAUGGAGCAGGAGAAGAUGGACGACCUCAGCAGGACCACGGAGACGGAGACUUCCUGCAGCUCCGUCAGGCGCAGGAACAAGAAGAGGAGAGCCAAGAAAGCCUCACACUGACUCCAACUUCUUUAAAACUGUUCUGUGCUCCCACCCUAUUUACUUGAAUACGAGAGAACGUGUGUAUGCAGGGCAGUUUUUAAUGAAUAUCAGCUUUUACUGGCUAGAAAAGUAGAGUUAAAUGUCUUAAAGGUCCCCUAGUGUACUGUUUUUCAUCAAUAUAUUAUAGGUCUCAGUUAUAUACAGAACAUGUCUCUGAAGCAGAGUCCUGCACGGGUCUGAUUUUCAAGACCCGCUCCCGCCCCGCACCCGCGACGUGCAAUACCGCUCCCGCUCCGCACCCGCGACGUGCAAUACCGCUCCCGCUCCGCACCCGCGACGUGCAAUACCGAACCCGCCCCGCCACCCGCACAUAUUGCCAAUUAGUUCCGCAAACCGACCCGAACCCGCAUACCCUAUGAGCAGUGAAAACGUGCAAUUAUUAACACGCAGUUUCAUAUUUGGCUCAAAAAGCGUGGGAUGUUGGUUAUUUUCUCCAUCUAGGACAGGGAUGGGCAACUUUGAUGG